GUUCGUCAAUUGAGACCGUUCAGUGUUCGCUACAUCUACACCAUGUCGACAAAACUCUUCAUUGGUGGCCUUGCCUGGCACACCGACGAUGGCACUCUCCGCCAGAAGUUUGAGGAGUUCGGCCAGGUCGAAGAAGCUGUGAGUGACUGAUCCGACCACGACUCGCACUUUCCUCCUUCAACUGAGCCACUUCCUCCUUUGCAACGCCUCAUCAGCUUUUGCGACAUGCGAACCUCCAGUCAUGAAAAUCGGAAAUUUUCACUGGCACGGAACUGACUCUGUCCAGGUCGUUGUCAAGGACCGUGAUACCGGCCGCAGCCGUGGAUUCGGCUUUGUGCGCUUCUCCCAGGAGUCUGAGGCCGACAACGCCAUGCAGAACAUGAACAACGUCGAAUUCGAUGGCCGCACCAUCCGCGUAGACAAGGCUUCCGACCGCUCUGGCGGCGGCGGUGGUGGUGGACGCGGCGGCUACGGCGGCGGCCGUGGUGGUGGUGGGUACGGCGGCGGCGGCGGUAGCUACGGAGGUGGCGGUGGCUACGGCGGCGGCGGCGGCGCUUCCUGGGGACAGGGUGGCGGAGGUGGAGGCUACCAACCCCGUGGCGGCUACGGUGGCGGCCAAGGUGGUCAGGGUGGCUACGGCGGCGGUCAGGAGGGAGGCCAGAACGGUGGCGGUGGCCAGCAGUGGUAGAGCUUGACGCCUGCGACAUGCCCCUCCUCCCGGCCAUGCCAACAUCGAAUCGGCUGGACAUCUUUUCCCCUCGGUGUUAUGCUGGAUCGACGACUUUGACUUUACGUGCGAUGAAAAAAAUGGUGGUUGUCUUCUUCUAGACGUCUGGCUUGAACUCUAUUAUCCUUUAAUGGUGGGCACUGGUGGUGACCCAAUGAGCUUCUACGAUUCUUUGCUUGUCUCGGGGCAGGAUGGAUUGAAGAGUGCGAUUUGGGUUGGUAACUGAUGAGACGAUGAUACCCCAUCAGAGCGUGCUGUUAUCGUGUACCUGCUUUCCAGAGU